CACCCGUAUCUGCUGGGUGCUGUGGAGAACACAACUAUCAUUAAACACAUUGUGUGUUUACUCAACUCAGAGGAAUAUUCCAGCAUUGCUCAGCAAGUCUGUGAUCGUACCACAGCUCAGCACUCGUCUUCAACAGGUGAUUUUUGAAGAGAGCACUACACACAAUGUCUGGCGAAGGGGACAGAAAGUCUGUUCUAAAGACAACCAAAGUCCGCACGGCUCUGAAAGGAGACAACAGCUGGAUACAAAGAAAUCAAGAAGAAAAUCAAGAGGAAAAGGAAGAAGAGAAACCAUGGAUCGCUGAGGUGCGAGCGACUCGCUCAAAUGGUGUAUUUGAAGAAACCAGUCCGGUGUCCUCACCCACAACUAAACUUCCUGAGCCCACGAACAACACAGAGAAAGCUAAAGCACCUACUUCUGGAUACCUGAUCAGAGGUGUUUUCACAAAAACUGAAGCCAAGCCGACAUCAUCAUCAUCAUCAUCAUCAUCAUCAUCAUCCAAUGGAUACGCCGGGGUGAAAAGCUUCACCAAAAAGCCAUCUGAGAGUUACAAGCAGAUAGCUCCACACACGAUUCGAUCCAACAAUGAAACAGCGCUUCAGUCAGAAGCCUCUCUGAACGAUGAAGAGAUAGAGAAGAGGAAAGAAGCAGCCAGCAGCGUCCUUAAAGGAUCAGCAGCCAGUCGCCGCUCAUACGUACUGUCUGCUGCUAAAAAAUUUGAUGCCCCAGAGAUCCCUCAAACAUCCAGUCAGACGAGUGUCGCUUUUGUUGCUAAAAGGGUUGUGAUCAGUGAUGAUGAAGAUGCAGUCACUUCUCUUCCAUCUAAACCUCAACCAAGAAUUAAACCUGCUUCACUAGUGAAAGAUGUAUCACCUGAAACUAAACCAGAACCUAAACCUAUACCCGAACCUACGACGCAACUUAAAACAGCAGUUGAAACCAAAACAGCAAUUGAGGCAAAACCCUUCGCCGAACCUAAACCAGUGGCUCAAACUACAACAACUGGGACUAAAUCUACAACAGAAGUUAAACCAGUGGCUGAAACUAAACCAGUGUCUCAAACUACAACAACUGAAACUAAAUCUACAAUAGAAGUUAAACCAACGGUUGAAACUAAAUAUACAACACAAACUAAAACAACUGAGUCUAAAUCUACAACAGAAGUUAAACCAGCAGUUGAAACUAAAUAUACAACACAAACUAAAACAACUACUGAGUCUAAACCCACACCAGAAGUUAAACCAGUGACUCAAACUACAACAGCUGAGUCUAAAUCUACAACAGAAGUUAAGCCAGCGGCUGAAACUAAACCAGUGGCUCAAACUUCAAUAACUGAGUCUAGAUCUACAACACAAAUUAAAACCACUACCGAGGUUAAACCUACACCAGAAGUUAAACCGGUGGCUGAAACUAAAUCUACAAUCCAAACUAAAACAACUACAGAGUCUUAUCCCGGACCAGAAGUUAAACUGGUUGCUGAAACUAAACCAGUGGCCCAAACUACAAUAACUGAGUCUAAAUCCACAACACAAAUUAAAACAACUCCCGAAAUUAAACCUACACCAGAAGUUAAACCGAUGGCUGAAACUAAAUCUACAACCCAAACUAAAACAACUACUGAAGUUAAACCUACAGCAGAAGUUAAAACCGUGACUGAAACUAAAUCUGUAACAGAACUUAAAACAACAUUUGAAAGUGCAACAAAAGUUGAAACAAAACCAGCAGCUGAACUUAAACCAUUGACUCAGACUAAAACAACUACUGAGUCUAAAUCCACACCAGAAGUUAAACCAUUGGCUGAAACUAUUUCUACAACACAAACUAAAACAACAACUGAAGUAAAAACAUCAGCAGUUCAACCAGCAGCUGAUACUACAUCAACUAAAACUACACCUCAGAUAAAAGUAACAUCAUCGACCCCAGAGACAAGUCCUGAAAGCCUGACAGCACUUUCUGAUACCCUGAUAUCUUUCAAGACGGAGCCUGCCAGAACUGACCCUAAACAGAGCAGUGGUGUGAAGGAAGAAAAUCUACUAGAUCUCUGGGAGAGUAAACCUGAACUGGAUAUGCUCAGUAAUGACCUGCUUAAAGAUGACAGUCCUCUGCCCAUCACAAAACCGACACAGAAAAGUCUGGACCUGCUCACAGAUGAUGCCAUUCCUUUUGAUACUGGUGCCACCAAAUUCAGUACGGACUACACUUACACCAGAACAUCUCAGACUGUCAAACAGUCAAGGGAUUUCAACAGCUCUAAUGAUUCAUUUGAUCCAUUUGAGUCCACAAAAAGCAUGUCCACAGAUACUUUGGUGUCUCUGUCUGAGGACGUCAGUCCAAUUAAAACUACAAGGAGGAAUUGGACUGUGAACAUGGAGAGCACAACCAGCACUAAAACAGAAGACCGUUCUGAACAGAAAUUACCAGAAUCUGAAUCCAAGAAGAGCUUCGUCUAUCUUAAAGAAUAUGUAAACAAUUCACAUCUUGAUAACAGCUCUGAGUAUGUGACUUCGGCAACCUCCAGCUACAAUUACAGCAGCCCCAGCAGUUAUCAUUCAAGUCGUGAAGGAAGUCCUUGUACAUAUUGUGGAGAAUUGAUGGGAAAUGACAAGAUCACUCUUGAGCACCUGAACAUCUCCUGUCACCCAUACUGCUUUAAGUGUGGUAUUUGCAGUAAACCGAUGGGUGAUUUACUCUACAACAUGUUUCUGCACCGCGGGACCGUUCACUGUGAGAGCUGCUAUUAUAAUGUCCUAUAAGCCAAUCGCAUCCUGGACAAAUGAAUAAAUCCUUCAUUACUAUAGAUGACUUAUAGAUUUGAUCUUCACUGAUACAAGAACUUAUGUGAGCAUCUAUCAUAUAAAUCAAUCUGUAUCUGCAGAAUGCUUUCAUAUAGUGGGAGGAACUCUUGUUUUUGGGGAUUAAGUUAUUUUCUGCUAUUUUGUUCAUGAACAAGUUUCACUUUGAGCAAGUUGAUUGUUAUCAGAUGUUGUAGUGAAUAAACAGAAAUCCUUGUUAAAUAGCUGUUUUUAGUAACUCUGAAUAUUGGUCUGUUGUUAUUCAAAUAUGUUUUCUGUAUUGCUAAACCACAGCAUUCUCAUAAAUAAACACAGUUUUAUUCA